AAUGCACCCCACUUUAAACCUCGCUCACCGCUCGCUUAUCGAUAUGGUCAAACGGUCCGCCUCCCUCUCGUCGGAGGAAGCAUCCCCUCUGGUCUGGAUAACGAUGAUCUGAAUAUCGACUUCGAGACCCUCAAUAUCAAGUCUGCGAAGUCCAAGCGCCCCAAUUUCAAGCUUCCUAAGGUCCCAACCCCCAUCCCCGGGCGCCACAAAGUCAAGAACCCCGAUAUCGACGUCUAUUUUGUGAAAUCCACCCACGACAUGGACUCCCAGCUCACCGCCAAGGCUCUGCACUCUCGCAUCAACACCAAUGUCUCUCAGUUGCUGCAGCGAUUCGAGAACAUAAUGGCUACCGCGACAGUUCAAAACCCAAGCCACACGGCUACCGCGGUGGAGACAUAUCAACUCGACGUGGAGUCGACCGCUCUGAUUCGCUCUGCCGAGGACAUCCUCUCGCUCACCCGUGCCAUGAAGGAAAUGUGGCUUUUCGGCAAGCUGGAUACUAUUGGCGAGGACGAGCGCGAUGUGGAACGCCGUGAGAAGCUAGACAAGGAUGCCCUUGCUGUGGAGGAGGCUCUCAAGGAGGGGGCGCUUGCAAAGCUUGCACCUGAGAAGUAG